AUGCGAAGGCAUUUACGUCGAGAAUCGACGCAUUCAAGCGCACUUAAUGCUCGUCUAGCAGUUCGUCAAGCCGUGGCCGACUUGGUGAAUAAUCCUGAAAGUACGCUUGCGAACGUUAUUAGAAAUGGUAAUAUCAACUUAUGCUUUAAACGGCUAAGUUCUUUUUCUUGCAGCAAUAAACUCAUAGAUCCAAUACAUCGGCUCGUAUUGGUUCAGUUGGAAAGUAUUUAUGAUAGAAUACAGUGCGAAAUAUUAUCAUUGAGCAAUACACCGCCUUCAUCGCACUCCAUUCUGAAAUUUCUGCAACUCUAUGAUGGUGAAAGCAGCAAAGACAUUGUUCAACGAUUUGAAAACCAGUGUGUAUCAGCACGAAUGCGCGAAAUUGAUGAAUGGAGGAAGAUUGGUACGUCGCCAUUGAAUCAACUGCGAGCCGCACCAAAGCCUACAAAUGUGCCACCACUUGAUAAAAGUGCAUUACUUAGCGACUCUGGAAGUUCAGUUUCGUUGGAUGAAGGGGUAAAAAACGAAGCAGUAUCAUCGGCUGUGUUAUCGGAUCGAGGUGUAACAGAGUCGAUGAACUCAUCCGAUUCAUCGAUGCAUAAAAUAUGGUCACAAUCGUCUCUGUCUGAACAGGCUAACGCCCGAUCAUCUUCUGUUUCUAGUCAACCGGCAGCAUCUGAUCAUUUGAUGGAUAAUGAACAAACCAAUCAAUUGGAUGAAAUUGCUAAAAAGGUAACCGCUCGACUGAUGAAUGAUGCAUGUUUUGUUGAGCAGCUACGUAUUGGAGGUUCAUCUCUAACACGUGCGCCGAAUGGUGUGCUCACUGGCGAAUCAGAUCUUGUUGAACAUAUCCAAAAGGUGGCUCAAGAGGCUCUACCAACCCUCCUCUCCAAAACCACUCUGAUCCCAUCAGUGCCCGUUUUAGAGAUAGAUGACGACUGUGCUUUCAAUACAUCUGAGGAGGACAGACAAGGCGACAAGCGGGCAACCAGUGCAGCGACAAGAUCGUCGCAUCGAUCCCAAGGCAAUGCGACCACAUCUCGUUACAUACCGCCAAUAAAACCGUCAACUGCAGAAGCAUCGGUGGGUACUGAAUGGCCUGAGCAGCAGCCGAAUACUGUGACGGCAAUGGUCGAAAAAGGUGUGAGUACAGAAAACGAUCACUUGAUCGCAUCUCAAGAAAAACUCUCUAGCUCGAAUCCAACCGAAGAAUUGAGUGUUGGGCAAAUUCCGCAGAAAGCGGUUGAUAAACUUCUGUUAAGGAAGGGAAUCAAUGUUGUGACGAUUCGGAGUGAUGGUAGUGUGCUGCCCACUUAUAAGCAAACAUCCAACAAGCGGCCAUCAGUGCGAGAAUGGCAUCCCCCUUGUUCUCACCGCGUCACCAUCGUCACUUCUCCAUCAAGGUCACCUCGAACCAUCGUCGAUCCGACCGUCAUUAGUGGGACCAUUCACGGAAACAGUGAUGAUAAUGAGCAGAUCGGUACAUUCUUGCUUUAUGAUGAUCGAAUUUGA